AUGGUCUGUGUUCUCCUAUUUCCUUCCAUCAUAUUCAUCAGAGUGAUACUGCAUCGUUUCUCAACGUCAGAGGGAAGAACGGCGAACGGCCCUGAAUGGGGCUCAAACGCAGGACCUCUCGAUUCCGAUCAGGCAACGCCGGUUCUGAAGCGACGCGUGAUAAAUUCCUCGUUCAACAGGAUUCGAGGUCAAGACAAAGACUGCCCGCCGUGGGAGUCAAACUCGGCACCUCCGGAGUUCGAUUUCGAAGCCGACUUUAGAUAUCCAUUGUGCAAUGGCGACAUUUGA